CCACCAGAAGAGCAGAGAAGCUGGGACCAGCUCAGAAACCUCCGACUCUCAAACUGAAGCUGGUGCUCCCACCCUCCACCAUGCAGGUCUCCUCGGUCAUUCUGGGCCUGCUGCUCACAGCAGCCACCUUCAGCACCCUCCUGCUGGCUCAGCCAGAUGGAGUUAACGCCCCAGUCUGCUGCUAUACAUUUAACAAAAAGAUCCCACUGAAGAGAGUGAUGAGCUAUGAAAGAAUCACCAGCAGCAGGUGUCCCCAAGAAGCUGUGAUCUUCAAGACUGUGAUGAACAGGGAGAUCUGUGCUGACCCCAAACAGAGCUGGGUCGAGGACUACAUUGCCAGACUGGACCAGAAAACCCAGCAGAAACAGAAUUCAACUGCCCUGAAAACUUCAGUGCCUUUGAACAUCAGCCUCACAACCCCAGACCCCAAGAACCUUAGCUAAUUAGUCUACUACUGUAUUUCCUCAAUAAUUUUUAAUGUUAGUAUGAACUUUAUUGAUGUGAAAUAUUAUGUGUUAAAGAAUAUUAAUCUUAUUUAACUUAUUGAUGUUAUAAUUUUAUCUUCCGUGAGCUGCAGCAUUUUUAGAGUUGGGAACAUAGUUUUCUUUCUGUGAAGCCCGAUUCUGUACCUAGGAUGUCAUUAAGGUCUUUGAAAGGAUCUUGAAUGAAUAUAUAUUUGUUUUAAAUUUCAAAACACUUUUAAAAUAUUAUUGUGAAAAUAAAUAUUAU